AUGGCGGACAGCGCCGACAUGGGGGAGCUGCUCGCGGCUUUUAAGAAGUUCGCCGUCCGAGGAGACACGAAGGCGAACGGGAAGGAGCUGAACGGGAAGAACUGGGCCAAGCUCUGCAAAGACUGUAAGAUCAUCGACGGCAAGGGCGUGACCAGCACCGACGUGGACAUCGUCUUCUCCAAAGUCAAACAGAAGACGUCUCGCGUCAUCACGUACGAGGAGUUCCACCGGGCGCUGCAGGAGCUGGCUCCCAAGAGGUUCAAAGGUCAAAGCAAAGAGGAGGCGCUGCGCUCCAUCGAGGCCCUGGUGGAGGGGGGGGAGCCGUCCAACGCCGGAGUGACGAAAGUGGCGAAGACGGCGGCGGUGGACCGUCUGACCGACGCCUCCCGCUACACGGGAUCACACAAAGAGCGCUUCGAUGAGAGCGGCAAGGGCAAAGGUCGCGAGGGCCGCGAGGAGCUGGUGGACAAGACCGGCUACGUGGGCGCGUACAAGAACGCCGGCACGUACGACGCCAAGGCUCCGGAGGAGAAGUAG